AUGUCCUGGGUCCCCAGGGGCGCCGCCAAGAGCGUCCCCAUCGAGGCGGAGCCGCCCACCAAGGAGGAGAUCGAGGAGGCCAUGAAGAAAAUCGCCCUCGGCAGAGAGGCCGGGAGCGACGCCGACGACGCGGACGGGGACGAGGACGACGACGCCGUGAUGGAGGUCGACGGCGCCGAGGACGAGGAGGUCGACGAGGUCGCCCAGGCCAAGGCCGCCGCCAAGGCGCUCGGGACCAAGAGCAGCUCGGGCUCGGCCGCCGUCGGCGACGUUUCCGACGGGCUCGCCGAGCUCAACAUGGACGCCUACGACGACGAGGAGGAUGGGCUCGAGCUUUUCAGCACCGGGCUGGGGGACUUGUACUACAAGAGCAACGAGGAGGACCCCUAUAUCAUCAAGAACGAAGAAGAUGUUAGUAUAGUGGAAGAACUGGAAGAUGGGGAUCCUAAUAUGUUUGUGCACCAUGAGGUCCCUCUCUCAGAUUUUCCGCUCUGCACAGCUUGGAUGGAUUUUAACCGUCAGGAUGGCGAACAGAAAGGAAAUUUCAUAGCUGUUGGCACCAUGGAUCCUACAAUUGAAAUAUGGAACUUGGAUGUCGUCGACGAGGUCGAACCACAUUAUGUGCUAGGAGGAGUUUCAAAAAAGAAGAAGAAAGUUAAGGGGAAAAAGGGAAAAACAUAUAAGAAGGGUAGCCAUAGAAGUUCUGUGCUUGGUCUUGCGUGGAACACGGUGGUGAGGAAUGCUCUAGCUAGUGCAAGUGCAGACAAAACUGUGAAAGUUUGGGACUUAAGUGCUGGUAAAUGUUUAGUCACACUGCAACAUCAUGAUGACAAGGUGAUAAUUGAUACUACAUUCUUCUUGAAUUCUGUUCAAUCAGUUGCCUGGAGGUCACCUGAAGUUCUUCUCAGUGGAUCUUUUGAUAGAACAAUUGCCAUGACAGAUAUGAAAGACAGUGGACAAUGUUGUCAUAAAUGGCCUGUCGAAGCAGAUGUAGAGAGCUUAGUUUGUGAUCCACACAAUGAACACUCCUUUGUGGUUAGUCUUGAAAAUGGGAUGGUUCAAGUAUUUGAUAUUCGGACAGCUUCAUCAAAUUCAAAUCCUGGACAGCCGAUUUUUACUCUGCAUGCACACGAAAAGGCCGUUUCUUCCAUAUCUUUCGCACCUUCUACCCCUAAUUUUCUUGCGACUGGUUCAACUGACAAAAUGGUGAAGCUCUGGGAUCUAUCGAAUAACCAGCCUUCGUGUGUCUCGUCGCUGAAUCCUAAGCUUGGAGCUAUAUUCUCGGUGUCGUUUUCGAUCGACAACCCCUUCCUGUUAGCGUGCGGAGGAUCGAAAGGCAAACUGAAGGUCUGGAACACACUGUCUGAACCCGCCGUCGCCAACAAAUUUGGAAAAUAUUCUACAAUAAGUAAAUAUUUCUCAUUGGCAACCAAAUUGUUCGUUUGUUAUCCCAUAGGCCGAAUCAUAGAUGACAUCGCUAGCGAGAAGAUCGAUUUACCAAACGGGCUAUGCGUUAAGAGUAAAUGCCGUAGUACUCCAGAAGAUUGCGUCUGUUGUUUGGUAGAUAACAACUGCCACUGGACUAUGGCCGAAUGUUCGGCAAAUUGCGUUUAA